GGGACCCAAAAUAGAAAAUGCUGCGAUCGGUCUUGGUGAUGAGCUGAUGGUUUCAAACGCUUGGCCACGGUAGUUGUCAUAAUCAGAAACACAUUUUCGAUAUCAAAACAAGUAAUGUCUUUAAUCUUUCUUAUCUCCCGAGGAUGAGGUGAAUCUAUCGUUUGGAUUUCUUGGGAUUUUUUGGCCCUUCACUUGGAUAUCUGUGGAUAACAGUCUCUCUCCCUCCAAGUUUGGUUGUUCUAUUUUACAAAUACUAUAUAUAUAUAUAUAUAUAUAUAUAUCUCCUUCCCAAUUCGUAGCUUUGUCUGCAGUACAAGUUUUUUGUUUUCCUUUUCCCUUUGGCGAUCUUCUAUUCUUUAUUACUUGCUUCUUUUUGGUAUUCUCUUUGUUUUGGCCAUUUCUGUUCGAGGGAAAAAAUGUACUGUCACAACUACAACCAACAACAUGUUCUCCCUUGUCUUCAUUGCCGCCCACAUAGCUACAUUCGGAUGGUUCAGCAUCUGAUUGAGAGAUGUUUGCUUCUUCACAUGAACCGACAACAAUGCGUCAAGGCAUUAGCAAAGUAUGCCAGCAUUCGGCCGUGCAUUACCGUUACAGUGUGGAGGGAGCUACAAAAAGAGAAUAGGGACUUUUUUCAAGCAUAUUUUCAUGCCCUCUCUCCCAGGCCUUUCAUGGGAAGGUAUAUCCAAAGGAAACCGAGAUUUGAAAGGGAAAAACAGUAGUGGAGGUGAAUGAUGGAAUUAGGGAAAAGAAUUGGAGCUCAUGCAUCCGGAUCCUAUUAAGGUUUUCCAAAUGAAAGGGCCUUUAUGAGUUUUGGAAACUCAAUAAAACUUUGUAUAUGGUCUAAAGAUAUUAGCCCUUGUGUGUUUCCUUAA